ACAAAGAUGGCGUCGCUGCUCAACCUGAGGGACUAUGGCAGCGACAGUGACAGUGAUUUAGGCGACGUUAAUGAUUAUAUCCACCACCUUAAGCCUAUAGAAAGUAUUAAUACUAUCUCCCAGGACCUCCAGCUGGAGGUUACACCUCAAGUUACCUCCACUAAAGAACUGGAUGAUCGCCGCCACAUAGAUCCACGAGAAAAAGAACUGACUUAUAAUCCCAAGUACGAGGAGCUCUAUGCCCCGACGUUCGGGCCAGAAAAGCCACAGUCGAAGUAUCACGAAAUAGCCAGAAACACCCUAGCGGGCCACGUGGAGCCGGCCCACUUCAAUGAAUUUGAGUUUGAGUCGCAGAGACGCACUUUCACAACGUACGGCUAUGCUGUCGAUCCUUCAAUAUCAGGAAAUCCAGAUGAUGGAAGAAGAUUUGUUGGGGAUGUUUCUACAGCCAAGGAAACAUCCGGGUUGACAAUUUUUGAAACCAAGCACAAGGCUGACCAACCUCCUAGGCGCAAGCGUGACAAAAACGAUGAUGCAGCGGACAUUGAGGGCUUCAAGGGCCCAUGGGCUAAAUAUCAAAAUGAACAAUCUGUGAUGAAGCCGUCGGAAGAGGAGCAACACGCAUUGGACGAAAUCUUAGCAAAGCGACAGAAACGAGGUAAACAGACCGACGAUAAACCAAUUGAAGAAAAAUCCCUACUGCACAUAAAUGCAUACGACUACCAAGGAAGAUCAUUUCUGCACAUACCUCAAGAUGGCGUAAAUUUGAAGUCUCCAGAUCCACCUGAGAAGUGCUUCAUGCCCAAGAAAUUAAUACAUACAUGGAAGGGCCACAACAAAGGUGUGUCGGCCAUUAGGUGGUUCCCUCGAUCAGCUCAUCUUCUACUUUCAUGUGCUAUGGACACCAGAAUUAAAAUCUGGGAAGUGUACAACAAUCGACGUUGUAUUAGAACUUACAUGGGACACAAGCAGGCGGUGAGGGACGCUUGCUUUGAUAACGAGGGGAAACAGUUUCUUUCAGCGGGCUAUGAUCGCUUUAUUAAGUUAUGGGACACCGAGACCGGGGACUGCAUCUCUCGGUUUACCAGUCGAAAGAUUCCAUACUGCGUCAAGUUCCACCCCGACGAGGAGAAACAAAACCUUUUUGUUGCUGGCACAUCAGAUAAGAAAAUUGUGUGUUGGGAUAUUAGAACUGGCGAGAUAGUUCAGGAAUAUGAUCGUCAUUUAGGCGCUGUAAAUACAAUCACGUUCAUUGAUGAAAACCGGAGGUUUGUGUCUACUUCAGAUGAUAAGAGCUUGCGGGUGUGGGAAUGGGACAUUCCUGUCGAUUUCAAAUACAUUGCAGAUCCGACCAUGCAUUCGAUGCCAGCCGUCACUCUUUCUCCAAAUAAAAAGUGGUUAGCUUGUCAGAGUAUGGAUAAUAAAAUUGUAAUAUUUUCAGCCUUGGACCGUUUUAAGAUGAACCGUAAGAAAAUCUUUACUGGUCACAUGGUGGCAGGAUAUGCCUGCACUCGGGAUUUCUUCAGCCUAUGA